AUGAUUCAAAAACAACAAGUAUUUAUUCUAUUGACAGCUUAUGCCAAAAACUGUUUUCUCUAUUUAGCCGGAAAGUAUGUGAAAUCCGGGAAAUUGCCAAAAAUAAUUGACUUAGAUCCCGCUGGUCCACUAUUCUCCGUGGAUAAACCUAAUGAACGAUUGGAUCGUGAUGAUGCAAACGCUGAAAGUAUUUGCUCACCUGUUCCAUUCUACGCAAGAGCAUGCGCUUCUAUAGAGGAGUUAGAUGGAGGAGAGUGCCAAGCCAAUGAAUUGCCAAUGGGCGGAGAGCCGGGCAAUUAA